CCUCUCUCUCUCUCUCUCCCCGCUUCGAGAGGCGGCAGCAGCUUGUGUUCCUGUCGGCUUUGAGGACGGGAGGAUGUCGGAUCAGAAGGAUCUGGGCAUAAAGCUCUUCGGCCGGGCGAUCCCGGUGGCCCCUGAGCCCUCGCUCUGGAACACGGAAGCGGAGGAGCCGCCCCGCCACGACCAGCCGCCGGAGGAGCUGCAGCCACCGGCGCCGGAGGAGGAGGCGACGGCUGAGGAUCAACACAAUGGCGGAAAAGAAGAGAAAGAAGAUAGUGAAAUGAAGGUUGAUGCGCCACAAGAGGAAAAGGAUAAUGAAAUGAAAGUUGAUGCACCAGAAGAGAAAAAAGAAAAUGAAAUGAAGGGUGAUGUGCCUCAAGAGAAAGAAGAUGAGGAAAUGAAAGUUGAUCCGCCACAAAUGCCGGAAAAUGUAGAACCAGACAGUUCAUCUACUUUAGACCAUAAGAAAGAAGAUCAAGGCCAGAUGAACAGUCCUGAAGAUAAAGCAGCGUCAGACCCAAAGGGGGAGAAUGAGAAGACAGCAAAUGACGAAUCAGGCCAGGACAAGGCACUUAAGAAACCAGAUAAGAUUCUACCUUGUCCUCGGUGCAACAGUAUGGAUACAAAGUUCUGCUAUUACAACAACUACAAUGUUAAUCAACCUAGGCACUUCUGUAAGAAUUGCCAAAGGUACUGGACUGCAGGGGGGACUAUGAGGAAUGUUCCUGUUGGUGCCGGGAGGCGCAAAAGUAAGAACUCAUCAUUGCACUACCGUCAAUUGCUGAUGGCCCCUGAUUGUAUGAUGGGGUCUAGAGUGGACAUCUCUAAGUGCACUGUACUCCCCGAAGCUCUUGUACAUUCACCUUCUGCUCUGAUACAGCCAACCAGUAGAAAUGAAACAGCUCUCAAAUUUGGGCCUGAGGUUCCACUUUGUGAAUCGAUGGUGUCAGCACUGAACAUUGAUGAGCAGAAUGUAACCAACGCUGGAUCAGCACCAAGAGGUGAAAACAGGGAAGAUAACCCUUGUGCAUCUUCUGUCACAUUAUACAAUGGUCUGCCUGAAAACGCAGUUCACGUUGAUAAGAAUGGAGCACCGGUUUAUUGUAAUGGAGUUACCCCAGUGCCCCAGUAUUACCUUGGAGCCCCUUUCAUGUACCCUUGGAGUGUAGGAUGGAACAAUCUCCCUGUAAUGGUGCCAGGUAGUAUGCCCGAAUCUGUUUCACCUUCAGAGGGCAGCAGUACAAGUUCAGCUCCAUGGAUGAACUCUCCCAUGAUGCCGCCCUCAAGAUUUCCUGGGCCAGCAUUUCCCUACCCUCUCGUGCCACCUGCACUUUGGGGUUGCUUCUCUGGAUGGCCAGCCACGACGUGGAACAUACCGUGGGUCAGACCUAACGGUUGCGUGUCACCAUCAUCGUCAAGCAACAGCAGCUGUUCAGGCAAUGGAUCUCCUACUCUGGGGAAACAUUCCAGGGAUUCUAAUCCGCUGAAAGAGGAGAAGGAGAAAUCAUUGUGGGUUCCCAAGACGCUCAGGAUCGAUGAUCCUGAUGAGGCUGCAAAGAGUUCAAUAUGGACCACCCUUGGCAUCAAACCUGGGGACCCUGGCACAUUCAAGCCUUUCCGAUCCAAGGUUGAGAGCAAAGGCCAGACAUCAGACGGUGCUCAGGUUUUACAGGCGAAUCCGGCAGCGCUAUCGCGUUCGCAAUCGUUCCAGGAGAGCUCUUAACUCCAUGCCUGCAGUCUAUCUUAUAGUUUUGGUACUGUAAUAUGUACAUGUUAGUAGAGUUUUUGCGGUAUGUGAAAAGAUCAGCAGAGAGCUUGUAUAGCCACUAACUUAGUGGAACUUGCAGAGCUUUCAUGCGAACUCCUUCGAGAUGUAUAUGUAUUGUAAAUACUUGACAAAGUGGUUGUGUAUAUUUAGGUUCCAGUCAGGAAUAGACCCCCUGGUUUGCCUCUCCUAGUAUUAUUGGUUUAAACUGUAAACAGUUGGCAUUGUAACUGAUAACUCUGCAGUGAGUGCUAAAAGAACUACCUAUACUCCAA